AUGCAGGAAACAAAUUUAACCAGUGUAGAGUUCAGAAUGGAGGAAACAAAUUCAACUAGUGUAAGUGCUCCUAAACCACUUAUGGGAAUGAAGUUUAAUAGUUAUGAAGAAGCUUAUAACUAUUAUAACUCAUAUGCAUUGUUGAUGGGUUUUGGAAUAAGGAAGAGCAUGGUAAAUUACUCUCGCAAGACUAGAGAAGUGGUAGACAGAAAGUUUGUUUGUGAUAAGGAGGGCUAUAAAUCUAAUAAAGACAAGAUGGAGAUUCAUCUUCGGCGAGAGACCCGGGUGGGAUGUAAAGCAAUGAUGCGAGCAGGGUUUAUUGAAGAACAUACAAAUCAUGUGUUGAGUAGUCCAGACAAAGCAAAAAUGCACAGAUCACAUCAACAAUUUCAUAAAACCCAAAGAUGUAAAAAACUUAUUGAUAGCCUGCGUGAAGAAGGUAUGCCUCCUUCCACUAUUUCUCACGUCAUCAAUGCAACUAAUGGAAGAGAAGGUGAAUUAGUGACAUCACAACAAUGCAUUGAUCAUAUCAGAACCCAAAGAGUCAAUAAUAUUGGCCAUGAAUGCAUAUCUAUCAUUCGAUAUUUUCAGAGUGCGACAGCGAAUGAUCCAGAAUUUUACUUUGUAAUAGAAGUAGACAGUAGUGGACAAAUGAGGAGUGUUUUCUGGGCCGAUGGAAGAUCAAGAGCAUCUUAUUUGAAAUUCAGUGAUGUUAUUGUGUUUGAUGUGACAUACAGAACUAAUAAGUUCAGUCUUCCAUUUGCUCCAUUUACUGGUGUAAAUCACCAUAGACAGUCCACUUUACUUGGUUGUGCAUUAUUAGCCGAUGAACAAGAAGAUACAUUUGUGUGGUUAUUUCAAUGUGAAGGAUAUUGGGUUGAGAUGAAAGAGAAGUUUGAUAUAAAUGAAGAAGGUGAGGGAUGGUUGCAAACAAUUUACAAAUGCCGAGAUCACUGGGUGCCGUGUUAUCUGAAGGACACUUUUUUUGCUGGAAUGAGAUCGAGCCAAAGGAGUGAAAGUAUUAAUGCAUUUUUUGAUGGGUAUGUUAACUCACAGACUCAAUUACACGACUUUGUGACACAAUAUGAAAAAGCAGUAACUCAUCGUCGCUUAAGUGAAGCCCAUGAAGAUUUUAAGAGUCUGAACACAAAGCCGGUUAUGCUCCUUGGACAUCCAAUUGAGAUCCAAGCUGGAGAAAUGUAUACACGCAAUAUGUUUGAUGUGUUCCAUACUGAAUUCAAAGGAUUUGGUACAGAGUUCUGUGAAGAAUUGAGAAAAGGAUUUGGUACAGAGUUUUGUGAAGAAUUGAGAAAAGAUGGAGACAUUGUUGAAUACAAAGUCUGUAAGUUUACAGAUAGAGGAAAAUGGGAGGUGGUUACUUAUGAGCAAUCUAGUCAGAUGCAGUUCCGUUGCACUUGUGCUUUGUUUGAAACUAAUGGUGUUGUAUGUAGACAUAUAUUAUCGCUAAUGAUGGCUAGGCAAAUGGAUUCAUUACCCGACCAUUACAUCCUUCACCGUUGGACUAUACAUGCUCGACAUCGUAACAUUGGGGUUGGCAACAUUAUAUAUGGAAGAAACAUCACAAGUUGUGAAGAGAAGAUUAAUUUAUUGAAAUCUUGGGCCUUAAGAGCAAAAUUCAAUAAUGCGCUCGAGCUUGCAUUUGCUUCAGAAGAGAAGAUGCAAAAUCUAGAUGAUGUGCUAACAAAAUUUAUAGAACCACUGCAAGAAGAAGUUGGAGCACAUUCCUCAAAUCAAGAUCAAAUGGUGGACACUCAAAUAUCCGCACACAUCUCAAAUACAAAGCACAUUCCUCAGAUUACAGUUCGUGAUCCUGAUAGAGCUGCAAGGACUAAAGGUCGUCCACGCAAUGCAAAUAGAAUCCAGUCAGGUUUAGAACAAGCACAAGAAAAGAAAGAAAGGAAGAAACGUAUAUGUAGCAGAUGUGGUGAGCUCGGGCAUUAUAGAACUAGCUGUAAAGUUAACUUGCAAAGGAGGAGGGCUGAUGUCGUGGUGUCUUUGGGGAACGGCGGAGGAGAGCUAAUCUCGUCGGAGGAGAAAGCAGCGGCGUCGAAGGCUCGAGAUCUCGUGGUGUCGAGGGCUGAUGUCGUCGGAGGAGAGCUGAUCUCGUCGGAGGAGAAAGUAGCGGAUUUGGGGAUCUCGUCGGAGCUGAUCUCGUCGGAGGAGAAAGCAGCUGAUCUCGUCGGAAUUGGAAAUGGGUUUUCUCACUCUCUAAAUGCCUGGUCUCUGGGCAAGCUAUACUUCCAUGCACAAGUAACAGAUGGUAAGAGGGUAGGGCGUGAUUCCCUAGUUGUUCCUCUGACGAUCAAGUCCUUGUGUGGCUUGCAUGGAGAAGUAAAAGGAACUGUAACAGUUCUUAAGUUCAGAGAAAUGUGA